UUAUUGGAUAAAAGACAUUGUGAAGAUAUGCAGUUUUUUUGUUUGAUAUGAUACGAAACAAAACAUCUUCUGGAUUUAGACUGUUGUUUUGAGAAAACAAGCAGUCUGAUGAUGUGUCCUUGGCCUUUAGGACAUUGUGAUGGGUAUUUUCCAGUAUUUUCCGACAGUUUAAAGAGCAAGACAUCAAUAAUUGAUUAGUGGAGAAGUUAAUUGGCAGAUUCAUUCCGAAUACGAACUUUAACAUGUGAGUUGACGCAGCCGUCAAGACUCUUGAAGUUGGCUUCAUGGUUCCCGCCUUAAAGGGGAACUACACUCAUUUUCAAAAUUCAUACAUAUUAUUCGUCUGGUCUAAGACAGUCCAAACAUAUAAGUACACAUAAACAACUCCCUCCCAAAUCCAAAAACUAGAGAGCUGAAACUCAAAUGUGCUCAAUGUUAACAGAUAUUGAUUUAACGUUCCCACGCCAUUGAGAUGUUGGCGUUCUUCAUUUAGGUGGUGUUCCCCUUUAAGAGAGCAGUGCUCAGCCUGUUAAAAUAGCUGUAGGAUUUUUGUGGAGGAGUUAGUUUUUUGUCAUUUUUUCCCCCCUCUGCUUUUGCACAGCAGAGCUCCUAUUUUAUUAUCUGAAUUAGACUAAAUUCAUACGAGGACAUUUUAUUUGCAGACCGAAAGAUGAAGUGUUAUGAGCUCUUCUGAGCAUAUGUGCAGGAAAGAUGAGAAGGAGUACGCACUGAAACAAAUAGAAGGCACUGGAAUAUCGAUGUCUGCCUGUAGGGAAAUCGCUCUGUUACGAGAACUGAAACAACCGAAUGUGAUCGCCCUGCAGAAAGUGUUCCUGUCCCACAGCGACAGAAAGGUUUGGCUCCUCUUCGACUAUGCCGAGCACGACCUAUGGCACAUCAUCAAGUUCCAUCGCGCCUCCAAGGCCAACAAGAAGCCCAUGCAGCUGCCCCGAGGGAUGGUGAAGUCUCUCCUAUAUCAGAUUCUGGAUGGGAUCCAUUACCUCCAUGCCAACUGGGUGCUCCACAGGGAUCUGAAACCAGCCAACAUCCUGGUGAUGGGGGAAGGUCCCGAGCGAGGAAGAGUUAAAAUCGCCGACAUGGGUUUCGCCCGACUCUUCAACUCUCCCCUCAAGCCGCUGGCAGACCUCGACCCGGUGGUGGUGACGUUCUGGUACAGGGCCCCCGAGCUGCUGCUGGGGGCCCGGCACUACACCAAAGCAAUUGAUAUUUGGGCAAUUGGCUGCAUCUUUGCGGAGCUGCUGACGUCCGAGCCCAUCUUUCACUGUCGCCAGGAAGACAUCAAAACCAGUAAUCCCUUCCAUCACGACCAGCUGGACCGGAUAUUCAGCGUCAUGGGGUUCCCUGCAGAUAAGGACUGGGAAGACAUUAGGAAGAUGCCCGAGUACCCAACGCUGCAGAAAGACUUCAGGAGGACAACGUAUGCAAACAGCAGCUUAAUCAAAUACAUGGAGAAGCAUAAAGUCAAACCGGACAGCAAGGUUUUUCUCUUGCUCCAGAAACUCCUCACCAUGGACCCCACCAAAAGAAUCACAUCGGAGCAGGCGCUGCAGGACCCGUACUUCCUGGAGGACCCGUUACCAACCACUGAUGUGUUUGCCGGGUGUCAGAUCCCCUACCCAAAACGAGAGUUUCUAAACGAAGACGAGCCCGAGGAAAAAACAGAAAAGAACCAGACCCAGCAGCACCAGCAGACAACGGGUCAGACUCAGGCCCAGAACCAGCAGCAGACGGCAACCCAGCAGGCCCCCUCCCAGCAGAACUUGGCCCAAACCAACGGCACCGCCGGAGCGACGGGGGCCGCCGCUGCCGCCGGGGGUUUACAACACGGCCAGGACCAGGGGCCCCCCAACAAGAAACCUCGGAUCGGGCCCUCUGUGGCCUCCUCAGGCACUGGUUUGCUACAGUCGGAGUACCAGCACUCUGGCUCCCGCCACGGUUACCAAAGCAGCGUCCAAGGUUCCACUCAGCCCCAGGGCACCAUGGGAUACUCGUCAUCGUCAACGCAGAGCUCCCAGUACUCCCACCAGACCCACCGUUACUGAGAAUCCCCGUCACUCCUGAACCAGCAGAGGAGUCAGCUCCUCCUCCAGCCUUUCAUCAACCUCAGCAGAUGUCAACGCCCCCUCCCCCGGUUCCUGCCGUACCGGGUCAGACCUUCCUCCGUGCAUUACAUCAUUCCAACUUUCAGACCUCCCUCACCUUUGACCUCUUUCCCCGACGGCCUUCAACGGCACUGCAACAUGAAGGCAAAGCAGACAUAAGGAACCGAAACAAUCUAAAGAGAAGUUCCGUCUCGUCGGGCCAGUGGAUAUAAUGUAAGAUAGAUGUGAAGGCGCCGCUCUCACACAGACUCAGAACCAUGGCACUUACAAACACACCGUUCCUCACCAGGAAGAAUUGCAGCUGUGUUCAUAUAUGUACAUUAUAUAGCACUUUUUUUCUAUUUGAUUUUUUUUUUCCUCCCGUAUUUGCUUCGUUUACCUUUAUAGAUGUCAUUGUAAAUAUUGUUACACGUGAAACACAGGAGGAAGAGCCCUUUACCGUCAUCGCUAGUGUAAUAUUUACCUCGGAUUAUCAAAAGAAGAGUUUGAGCUAACCCGGUCCUUUUGAAGGAAAAACACGGUCACAUGUUUCUACACAGAAAAACAAACAAAAAAUCAGUACUUUAGCUGAUGCAAUUGCAGGGAAAUAAUAAAUGCGCAAUUUAACUUAAUCUUCUUAUUGUAGGGUUUCUAUAGUUAGACCUCUCUUGAUCUAGAUUUGGGAAAGUGAGAAAAAAGGUUUUUUUACAGCUCUCAGUUCUGCAUAUUCUGAUUCACUCCGCUACCUAGACAAGAUAUGACGGGCCGGUCUUCCUUUCCUCUGACGACAGCAGCCUUUUCUUUUUAAGGAGGUUGGACUCUUCUCGUUUGUGGCCAUCAGCUCCGGACUAUCUUUCUUGUUCUGGAGCUGCCGGUAGACACUUUGCUCUGACAACCAUCUUACCGUGGACCCUCCUCACUUUCAAGGUUUCUGAACACAAACGUGCGCAUUUAAUAAACGUACAGGGCAGCUAACAGUAGGCCCUCCUCCUACUUAUAUGCUUCUUGAGACUGUUACUGCCUGAUGUCAGAUUGUUUUCUUAAAGGUUUUAAUGUUAUCAUUGUUGCCCUUUGAGUGUGUGAGUGUGUGUGUGUACAGUAUGUUUUUUUAUGCAUGGCGUCUAUCCUUGGUAUUAGUAUACUGACCGCUGAACCGACUGGCAAAGAGCUGGAACAAAUGUGUCGAUGAGUUUCAUCCUCUUCCACUCCGACCCUCCGGCCGAGCAUUGGGCAGACAAUUUGGUCGAGACUGGAGCUCACAGGCGAUUGGUGCGUUCUGUGAUACAUGCCAAGGAGGCGGGAGCAACAGUAAUGAUGUAAUGUCUAUUACUAUUAGCUAUGUAAAGGCAGGACCUGGCCCAUAGACAUGCUCUGAAUAUUAGCGCUAGCGGGAUGGCUUUGUCGCAGAAGCGUAGCCCCCCCCCCCCCCCCCCCCACUGUGGUUCCCCCACGGCUAAACACUAUGAUUUCUGACUGCACUGUUACCCUUGUUAGCACUGCCAGCGCUGUUAGCACAGUUAUCACUGUUAGCAGCCCGGUUCAGCUGUCUCCAUUUUGAGAGCUGUGUGGAGGCAAUCCCGGCUCAGACUCUCAAUCACAGACAUGCUCUGAAUGUCGUGUAUAGCCCCCUUUUAAAGAAAAGCAGUGGUGAAAUGCAAUGAAGCACACUUACUUAAGUACUGCACUUAAAGGAAUAGCUUGACGUUUUGGGAAAUACGCUUAUUCUCCAUGUCUGUGCGCUGAAACAUGAAGCUACAGCCGGUUAGCUCAGCUUAGCAUAAGUACUAGACACAGAGGGAGCCAGGCUAGCAGUUUCCAGGUUUCCAAUGUUUGUGCUAAGCUAAAAGGCUGUUGGCCGGUACAAUUUUGAUGGUACAGGUGCUUUACUUGAGUUUCUCCAUUUCAUGUUAUUUACCGCUACUCCACUUUAUUUAUCUUAGAGAUUGAAUUCCUAGUUACUUAAAAAACUAAAAUUGUAUGUUUUCAUUAAAACAUUAUUAAAUUAUGAUAUAUUUUUCCCCGCAAAUAUCUCCUCAACGAGUUGAUUUAGAAUAACCCAUUUAUUUUUUCAAAUAAUCAAGUUUUAUUUGAUUAUUCUAGUGCAGAGGCCGCUGCAGUCAGUUCAUUUAACAUGUACAUUUCAAAUAACAAGCAGUUCAAAAAUACUCUUCAUGCCCUAACAGUUUUUAGGACAUAGAAAUAGCCAGAAUUGUAUUUUAAAGAUUGAGGCUUUUGUGCUGUUAGAUUGAACUGCCGACAGCAUAUAAAGUAGUUCAAAUGAGCUGCACUUCAAAAAGCAAAAUAAUCUUCAUUACAGCACUUUUACCUUUAAUACCUUGAGUAAAUGUAGCUGAAAGUUACUCGUAAAGAGUACCUUUGUACUGUUAUAUUCUUAUUUAGGUAAAGGAUCUGUAUACUGAAAAUAUAACAGACGACGCUCCCCACAAAACUCAAAGUGAGGCUGUUUUUUUUUUUUUUAACCCCUCUUCUAUCCUUUUUUGUUUCCCCAAAACUUGCUCCAUCCUCACUGGCCCUGCUCGGUCACGUGACCGGCCAUCGUGCAGAUUGUAUUAAAGAACACACCCAUUGACUCGACUGUAACUCUAACUGCUUUGCUCCAGUACAGGAUAAGGAAGCACUGACACCUUGUGGCUGAAAAGAGAACUGGACCUUUGUCCUUUGUAACACUGCAUUUAUACAAGUUCACUAGAACAUGGAAGACAUGGGUGUUGUAGUAUAAAACUGAUAAUAUUAUUAUUGUGUCCAGAAUUCCAGUCAUGUCUCCCUGGUGCUGAAAGUAGCCUCCUGCUUGUGUCUCUAAAUCUCUUCAGUGACUCCUCAGUAUAACACAGCUGCAUUAUUAGUAAUUUGCAUUAUUACAAAAAUUUGUCUGAAGUUUUCUUAUGAACAGAACCCAGAAGUUCAGCUUUCUAUAAAGUUGAUAUGGCCCAUGUAUUAGCAAAUAAGGACGUGUUUUUACAACUAUUAGACAUGGAGUCAUAUUUCUGUCUAAUAUUCACUCUCCUUUUAGCUCUGCUUUGGUCUCCAACUCCUCAAUAUAUAUAUCUGGCUCUCUAGCUAGUUUCUCCCUCUCAACUCGUCAAACACCUACAUUUGGUCAGUGGCUCUACGCUUCAAACUACGACGCUCUAGGGUCCCCUCUAGCGUCAGUUUGGACGUGUCUGGGACGGCGUGUCAGUUUCUACUUGUUACAUGCAAUGUGUCUUUUCAAAAUAAACUUUCAACGUAGGUUUGCUUAGGUUUUAGGUCUACUGACGCAAUUGGGAUUAGGAAAAGAUUGGGCUUUAUGUUGUAAAUCAAUACGUUUGUUGCGUAACUGGCAUUAGUUAAGAAUGACAGUACCGUAACAAAAGUAAGGUAUAAUAAGUCAACUUUGUCUUGGUUUCACACAGGACAUGGACAGCGGUCUCCUGGGUGAAAGUCCCGUGUUUGUUUGACUCCUCUAACCACCACCCUUCCCACACACUCUCUGUCUUGAUACUAUGUCAGUUGCUCUGACCGUCUCAUAAGGAUAUUUAUAUUUAGUUGAAAGCCGGGUGGCUCGGUGCAUCGCUAUCAGAUGCCAAGUGGGCACCGGCCAAGCGGCGGUAUUUGAGUUGAGAGUGAGAUUGGUGGGUUGACUUGACAGCUAGUUUUUUUCACUGAAAACAACUUCCUGCUGCUGGAUGACAGCAGAGUUUUGCGGGGCUUGAAAACCAAAACAAUGAACUAAACGAGGCUAAAGAAGCUCAGUAGAUGCUUUGUGCGGAUUCCUCACUAUUAGCGACCCCUUUGACAUCGGUGAUUUGAUCAAUUGUCAAUAAAAAAAAAAUCGAUGAGUGCAGCUUUAAAGCCAAUUUUUCGGUAAAAUGAUGGAGACAUAAAACAUUUCGUCAGGGAGCUCUUCUCAGCGUCUGUUGUGUUAGUUGUAGGCAGAUCCAGGAGGACGCGGUCUGCUCGCUCCUAUGUGACGGGGGAUCAAAACCAGCAGCUAUUCAAAGGUUUUCUCCUCCCCUUAGUGUGAGUAUUUGAAAGUCAAACUGAGUAGCAGCGGGGAAGACACUCUGUCGUCAAUUCCUCUCUGCGCGCAAGCGAGGUGUCACGAGUAUUAUUGAGCGCGAGGUUCCUGGUGGGAGACAAGUUACUGUCAAACAACUCCUAUGCAAAAAAAAAUGUAAUUCAAAUAAAAUCCCAGACUACAGCUUUCACUUCGGAUGCUUAUA